AUGUUAUGGAACGAGCUACUGGAUCAUGGAAAUGAGCCAUUUGAUAUAUCCUUCUCACCCGUGCUCGGCGUCCACCCUUUCCUCAAGCUGAAGGCCGCCAUUGUACAUGCUUGCGACGAUCAGGAAGAUACACCUUUGCAUGUGGGUGACGCUGGUAUCUGUCCUUCCUUCGUAGACUGCAAGAUUGCUCGAGGCACAGAUGUGGGCCACGCACGGUUUGCCACAUACACGAUGAGCAAGACAGUCUCUCACCUGAACGACACUGUAGAGCAUUUUCAGCUGGUUCUGGACCAGUGUCCCAUCAGCCAUCCAGACCAUGCAACGGCUCUCACCAAUCUUGCGUGGGCCCGCCUUAUAGGCUACAUCCGAAAUUAUCUUCAAGACAUUGUUGCCGCCACCUCCCUCUUCCGCGAUAUUGCAUCCGCAGCGUCAUCCUGUUUAUCCCUUACUCACCAAGAUCUUUAG